AUGACUCAAGCUGGUGUAUACCAACAGUAUAAGCUCUCAGUAGUGUCUGGUGGUAAAAUUACGCUUCCUCGAGCUUCUAAUCCAUCUCAUUCGAGUAAAGGUACCGCAUGCCUAACAGCAGAUCUGUUGAACUACAUCGUUCCAUUCAAUAAUCAGAUUAAGAUAUAUUCUACUGAAACUAGACAAUGUGUGAAAACUUUGAAAUUUUCUAAUAGUCCCCAAUUAUCAGAAAUUUUUGAGAAGGAAAACGCUCAACUGGCGGAUAUUUCACUAAAAUUAUCAUCGGAGGAGAACGAUCUUACGCUAUUAACAAAUGAUGGUCGUAUUAUAAGUUUAAAUUACAAGGGUAAAUUGACCAGUAAUCCUAAGAUUUUAAGACUUAAUUUAGAAGAAGGUGAGUCUGUGUCGAAAAUUUUUGAAAAUUCAGACAAUUCUUUCAAAAUAUUGACUUCGCAAAUUGGUUCUCAUGGAUCAGCUUUCACUUACAAGAUUUACGAUUUGCAAAUCAAAGGGGAUUUAGUGGAAACCAAUCUUGAAUAUAUCUUGGAUGACGUUAUCCUUUCCACAUGGUCAAAUAAUUCAGAAUUUAUUGCAUGCCUUUUCCAAAAGAGUAACCAAAGACAUAUACAAAUUUAUUCUAUUUGGGACAAACAAGUGGUUAAAGAAUUUUCUUUGAAAUCGAUUUCUACAUCACAUUCAGCAGCCUCGCCAAGUUCUAGAUACGUUUCCAGUAUGGCUAUUGAUUCUUCAGGUACUCAGCUGGCGCUUGGUUUUGCAUCAGGUGUUGUAAACGUACUUAAUGUCUCCGAUUUACAGGGUAGACUGUUGAAAUGGCACAUUGAUUCUGUGCUUUCAUUGGGUUUUACCGAUGAUGGUGCAUACCUUUUAUCAGGUGGUUGGGAAAAAGUGCUCAGCUUUUGGCAAUUGUCCACUAACUCACAACAAUUUUUGCCUCGUCUACCUGGUAUUGUUGUUGAUUGUCAGUCACUUGGUGGCGGUAAGUUUUAUUCCUUAGCAUUACAGAUGACUCAAAACUUGAAUUCUACAGAUUAUCAAUUAAUCCUUUUGAAUGCAGCAGAUCUAACUUCAAAAGUGUCUGUUAAUGGACCCUUACCAACGUUUAACAGUCCGGUGGACAUUGGUUCUAUGCCAGUAUCUGCAGUCUCCACAAAGGCUUCUACUACGGUAUCAACUUCUAGUGUGAGCAAGAAGAAACAAAAGAAUAAGUUGAAAAAGGGCACCAGACAAGAUUUUACCACCACAGCAGGUGUGAAUCCAGUUACUAAGCAAAUCUUCUUCCCGCAUGCAUCUGCAGUGCAAACAUAUGAUUUUUACAAAAACGAACAAGUUCAUUAUCAAUAUGUGGCAUCAGGUGUUAAUAACACUAUGGGUAAAGUUAGAUUUGAAUUGAACAUCCAAGAUCCCGUAGUGCUUGACGUAGUUUUCACUAAAGAUGGUGAAUGGAUGAUAACUUAUGAAGUGCAGUUUCCACCUGAGAAUUUGUUAUCCUCCAAGGAUUUGGGAUACGAUUUGAAAUUCUGGACUAAAAAUGAUAAUGAAACUGAUUGGUCUCUAAUCACUAAGGUAAUAGACCCUCAUGGUGUAAAUAUACCUGUAACCAAAAUACUGCCAGCCCCAACAACUGUCAAUGAUGCUCAAGGUAUUUUAACCGCCGAUAACGAGGGUGGACUCAAAUAUUGGGAAUACGACGAUUAUCAAAAGAAUUGGUGUUUGAGGAAGCUAACAUUGCCUAAUUUUAACCAUUUUAGCAAUUCUGUGUCAUUAGCGUGGUCUCAAGAUGGUAGUUUAAUUUUCCAUGGAUUUGAUGAUAAGUUACAAAUCUUGGAUUUCGAGACCUUUAAGAACUUUGAGUCUUCCAGUGGUAACAGUGCUAUACAAAAUGAAUUCACACUAGAUUCCGAGAUUCAAGCAAUGAGAUUGGUCGAUGAUACAAAUUUAGUGGUCGCCACACGUUUCACUUUGAGCGCUAUCAAUUUACUCAAGGGCACCAUUGUAAACAGUUUUGACAUCUACCCAUUUGUGAACGGUGUUUAUAAAAACGGACAUUUAGAAAGAUUGAUCAGUUGUGAUGAGAAAACUGGGAGAAUUGCACUAGUGGUAAAUCAAAGACUCAAGGACGCCCAACAUGAAGAUAAUGAUACCCCUCAAUAUAAGGCUCGUGUCAUUGUCUUUGAACCAAGUUUGUCACAAAGAGUGGGUUCAUUUGUUCAUCCAAAUUACAUUUCAUGGAUUGGCUGGAAUCACGAUACGGAUUUUAUUUUCUUGGAUAUAAGUAGUAAAUUGGGUAUUGUGGGUACCACGGUGAACUCUGAAAUGCUUGAAGGUAUAAAUUCUGAAGCUUCCAUGGAAACCAACUUUUCUAGUCAACUCCAAAAAUUGAGUCAGCAACAAGGCGCAUCAGCUGCAGUAGAUGACGUGGACAACGAAGAUGAUAUUGCAUUAGAUUUCAUCAAUGGUGAUAACAACAAUAAAGUGCUAAAUAUGAACUCAUUCGUUGGUAUGUUCGAAAACAUUCAAAAUGUGCAAAUGGAUACAUUUUUCGAUUGCGUGAUGAAAGUCGUAACGUAA